UCCCUCCCCCAUAGACAUCUUCUUUACGGUUCUUGAUUCUUUACAUUCAUUUGCCUGUGGAGUCCGCCCCCCUCGCAUCGUCUUGCUCUGUUGACCGUUUCGGCUUGUGCACUCUGCCCCGCAGCCUCGCACGGAGUUACGAGUGCAAGAGAGGCACUAUCAACACGAAAGUCAAUAAAACUUCCGCACAAGCGACCUUCCACCACAAACCUCUUUGACUCCCCCUUCUCGACCCCUCCCCCGUCUCUUUGCCCAGAGACACUCUCCAUACUCUCUGCCACCAAAGCAAGCUCUCUGUAAGGCUCUUACCUAGGUACAUUCCAGACGCACGAGACGCGCAGCAACGGCUGUGACACCGCGAUCAUGGACGUCAAUCAGGUGUUAUUGAAUACCUUCUCAGCUGAUGGUCCCACUCGAAAUGCUGCUGAACAGCAACUCACACAAGCUGCUGAGACCAACUUCUCCGGCUACCUAGUCACCCUCGUUCAAGAACUUGCCAACGAAGAAGCCCAAGGCUCGAUCCGUGCCGCUGCUGGUAUUGCGUUGAAGAACGCCUUCACUGCGCGCGAAUAUGCUCGGUUACGCCAAUUACAGGAGAAGUGGAUACAACAAGACCCCGACACCAAGAAACGGGUGAAGGAUCUCUCACUCCAGGCCCUCGCCUCAACCAAUGCUCAAGCUGGGCAAGCAGCUGCUCAGGUCGUCGCUUCAAUAGCAGCCAUCGAGCUGCCGCGCGAUCAAUGGCCCGAGCUUAUGCAAUGGCUGGUACGCAGUGUCGGCGAUGGUGCUGACCAUCUUAAGCAAGCUUCCUUGACCACAAUCGGAUUCAUCUGUGAGAGUCAAGAUGCAGAGCUCCGAAGUAGCCUGGUUCAACACUCUAAUGCUAUCUUGACUGCUGUUGUUCAAGGAGCCCGAAAAGAGGAGCCCAACCCCGAGGUUCGUCUGGCUGCCAUCUAUGCUCUUGGAGACUCCCUAGAGUUCGUAGAUAGCAAUUUCAAGAAUGAGGGCGAGCGGAAUUAUAUCAUGCAGGUUGUCUGCGAGGCUACACAAGCUCCUGAUACGCGGAUACAACAGGGCGCUUUCGGGUGUCUCAACAGAAUCAUGGCUCUUUACUAUGAGCUAAUGCGCUUCUAUAUGGAGAAGGCUCUGUUUGGCCUCACUAUCAUGGGCAUGAAGAGCGAGGAAGAGGAUGUUGCCAAGCUCGCCGUGGAGUUCUGGAGCACUGUUUGCGAGGAGGAAAUUGCCAUUGAGGAUGACAAUUCACAGGUCGAGAGAGUUGAUCAAAUGCGACCUUUCUACCACUUCUGUCAGGUCGCGACUAAUGAGGUCGUCCCAGUUCUCUUGACACUAUUGACAAAGCAAGAUGAGGAUGCAGGUGAUGACGAAUAUAACAUCUCACGAGCUGCAUAUCAAUGUCUGCAGCUUUACGCCCAGGCAGUUCGACAGAUCAUCAUUCAGCCAGUUCUCUCGUUUGUUGAGGCCAACCUGCACCACGAGGACUGGCACCACCGAGAUGCCGCUAUCUCGGCAUUCGGUGCCAUCAUGGAAGGUCCAGAUGAUAGCACUCUCGAGCCCAUUGUCAAGCAGGCACUACCAGUAAUCAUCACCAUGAUGGAUGACAAGGUCAUCCAAGUCAAGGAUUCCACGGCCUAUGCUCUCGGACGCAUUACCGAGGCCUGCUCAGAAGCUAUCGACCCCCAGGUCCAUCUACCACAACUGAUCGCAUCACUCUUUGCCGGUUUAAUCAGCAGUCCGAAAAUGGCUGGGUCAUGCUGCUGGGCAUUGAUGAAUCUUGCUGAGCGCUUCUCGGGCGAGAUAGGAUGCGAGGAGAACCCUCUCACACCUCACUUCAACGAGAGUAUUACACGACUCCUCCAAGUCACCGAGAGAGGUGAUGCUGAUAACCAGCUUCGAACCGCUGCUUAUGAAGUCCUUAACACCUUUGUCCAGAAUGCGGCCAAUGCCAGUCUUCCUGCUGUUGCAUCCUUGUCAGAUGUCAUCAUCAAGCGUUUGGAGGCCACCGUUCCUCUUCAAGCUCAGGUUGUCAGCGUCGAGGACAAGAUCACCCUUGAGGAGAUGCAGACCAGCUUAGCCAGCGUCCUCUUGGCCAUCAUCCAACGACUCGAGAAAGAGAUUCAGCCCCAGGCUGACCGUAUCAUGACCGUUCUGUUGCAGAUCCUUACCAAUGCAGGUCCGAAGUCAAGUGUCCCUGAAGCUAUCUUUGCAACUGUCAGCAGCUUGGCCAAUGCUCUGGAAGAAGCCUUCUCUCCUUACAUGGAAGCUUUCGUUCCCUUCCUCUACAAUGCACUUGGCAACCAGGAGGAGCCCGGUCUCUGCUCGAUGGCUAUCGGCCUCGUCAGCGAUAUCACCCGUUCGAUGGGCGAGCCUUGCCAACCAUACUGCGAUACAUUUAUGAACUAUCUAUUGAACAACUUGAGAAGUACGGCGCUUGCCAACCAGUUCAAGCCUGCUAUCCUUCAAUGCUUUGGGGACAUUGCUGGGGCUAUUGGCGGUCACUUUGAGACCUACCUUUCGGUUGUCGCCCAAGUCCUUCAACAGGCUGCCAGCGUUCAAGCUAGUCCAGAUGGAUCGUAUGAGAUGUUCGAUUAUGUCAUCUCGUUGCGUGAAGGUAUCAUGGACGCUUGGGGUGGGAUCAUCGGCGCUAUGAAGGCUGGCAACAAGACUGCACUGCUUCAACCAUACGUCGAAUCGAUCUUCCAACUUCUCAACAUUGUCUGGCUUGACCCGAACAGAAGCGACGCGCUCAUGCGCUCUUCUAUGGGUGUGAUCGGUGAUCUCGCCGAUGCCUUCCCCAACGGCGAGUUCGCAUCGUACUACCGCGCUGAUUGGUUGACCGCCAUGAUCAAGGACACUCGUCAAAACCGUGAAUACCAAGCCCGAACCAUUGAUACGGCUCGAUGGGCACGCGAGCAGGUCAAGCGUCAAAUUGGGGGCACCCAAGGCGUCCAACAAACAUGAUCGCUUCUUCGAUCAUUCGCGUCCAAGAAUCCUAUAACUUUUAAUGUCCUUCCCCUAGGGCCGGCGCAACGUGAAGUUUACGCAUAGAGCUUUACUGGAUUAUUGACGUCUUCAUUUAUCACUUCUGUUCUGUUACAUCUUUGCCUGGCUUAUCUUCGACUCUGCAGCAGGCCUUACCCUUGUUUUAUUCUUUCCCCCUUCCUCCAUCGUGGCGACCCCGGAAC